AGCCAAUGGGGAGACGGAUUAUUGGAGAGUGUCAAGAUGGCAGCGCGCUGCUCUCUGUUAGGAGGAAGAGGGGUAGGGAUGGAGUGAGUGCCAAAGAGCUCGGCUUUGGAGGACAGUAAGGGGGGCCGUGCCGGUUGGGAUAUCGAUCUGGCCUUGCUCGCUCGUGUGUUUGAAGCCGCGCCUGUUUCCUCUUUGGAGGGAAAAGGGCUAUGAGGUGAUGGGAAGAUGGCGAGCGACGCUGGUAGAAAACAGUUCUGGAAGCGGAAUGCCUCCCGGGUGCCGGGCAAUAUUCAACAUGUGUAUGGAGCUCAGCACCCCCCUUUUGAUCCACUGUUGCAUGGAAGCUUAAAACCUGGAGCCAAGCCACCAACAACUCCAGUGAAACUGAAGAAAGUCAGCACGUUUCAAGAAUUUGAAAGCAACACAAGUGAUGCUUGGGAUGUUGGGGAUGAUGACGAUGAACUCCUAGCGAUGGCUGCGGAAAGCCUUAACACCAAUGUAGUCAUGGAAACGGCUAACAGAGUAAUUCAGAAUCACAGUAAAUUACAAGAACAGCAUAAAUUGCAGGAGGAACAGGUGGAAAAGGAACAACCACCGCAGCUUUCAGACCUUCCCUCUGCUGCAUGCGGUGACAGCAGACUGGUUAAAUCUGUCAGUGAAAGCAACACAUCAAGUUCUGCAGAUAAUGCUGAUGAAACUGCUUCUGUGCCGAGAUCUCACUCCCUUCCACAAGCCUCAACUGUUACUCUGGUGGGUGGAGUGGCAGACCACAAUAUCUCAGGUAUUCCUAUACUAUCGGAAAGAGAGGCGUUCCGAUUAGAUAAAUUCAAGCAACUUCUUGCUGGCCCAAACACAAACCUUGAAGAAUUACGGAAGUUGAGCUGGUCAGGAAUUCCAAAACCAGUUCGGCCAAUUACAUGGAAGCUCCUUUCAGGUUACCUCCCUGCAAAUAUAGAUUGGCGAGAAGGCACUUUACAAAGAAAACGGAAAGAGUAUUUUGCUUUUGUGGAACAAUAUUAUGAUUCAAGAAAUGAAGACACUCACCAGGAUACAUACAGACAGAUUCACAUAGAUAUUCCUCGUAUGAGUCCAGAAGCUUUAAUUCUUCAACCCAAAGCAACAGAGAUCUUUGAAAGAAUUUUGUUUAUCUGGGCAAUACGUCAUCCAGCCAGUGGAUAUGUGCAAGGCAUCAAUGAUCUUGUUACUCCUUUUUUUGUUGUCUUCACUUGUGAAUAUACGGAAGAAGAAGUGGAAAAUUUUGAUGUUUCCAGCCUGCCUGCUGAAGUACUGCAGAACAUUGAAGCUGACAGUUUCUGGUGCAUGAGUAAACUGCUUGAUGGCAUUCAGGAUAACUACACCUUUGCUCAGCCAGGUAUUCAGAAGAAAGUGAAAAUGUUGGAAGAACUUGUUAGCCGGAUCGACGAGCAAGUACACAAGCACUUAGAGCAAUAUGAAGUGAAAUACCUUCAGUUUGCUUUCCGCUGGAUGAAUAACUUGUUGAUGAGAGAAGUUCCCCUGCGGUGCACCAUACGACUGUGGGACACAUACCAGUCUGAACCAGAAGGAUUUUCUCACUUCCAUUUAUAUGUCUGUGCUGCCUUCCUUGUCAGAUGGAAGAAGGAGAUCUUAGAGGAAAGAGAUUUCCAAGAACUCCUAAUCUUUUUGCAGAACUUGCCCACGAUGCACUGGGGAAACGAAGAUAUCAGUGUUCUCCUUGCAGAAGCCUACAGACUGAAGUUUGCAUUUGCAGAUGCCCCGAACCAUUACAAGAGAUGAAAGCACCAGAAACCACAUACAGCCAAUCUACUUAUUAUGACAUAGUAUCAUUUUCAUUAUUUUGGUUGUGCCGACACACAAAUUACUCUCUUGUGAUUUCAUAUGAAGCGUUCCAUAAUAGUUCAUCAAAAACAUAUGUAAUUAAUGGAUUACCAAAGAAAUGGAUAAGCACAGGCUAUUGAGAAGACAGUGAUUGACCUAAGUAAACAUUCAUGCUCAGUGCCCACAAAAAGAUUCAGGUUUAAUUGUGUUUUAUUCUCCCUUUUUCCUUUGGUAGUUGUUACUAUGAAUGAAGAAAGUGUUUUAUGUUCAUUGGUAUCUAAUGACUUAGUGUCUUGUCUCCAUGAGCCUUGUUCCUAGUUGAUUGUUUUUUGUAAUUUUGACGAAAGUAUUUCUGGUCUCUGAUAUACUUGUUAGCUAAUAGGAAUAAUAGGUCUUGAACCGAAAAUGAAGACAGAUGAAUUGGGCAGUAAGGUCGUGCAAGGGCCAUAUGGAUUUGUUUUGAUUUUAUUUUGAAACACAAAAUAUUUAAAUACCUUUGAUAUCUUUGUUUACUCAGUGAAAUCCAGUAACACAGAUUUUAAUGGAACACAGCCUCUAGAAUUUGAAAAGAAUGCCACAUACAUGAUCAUCAGAGAUCCUGGAUGUUAUAUUGUGUUUAACAAAUUGUAUCACUUUUGAAAUUGUGAACUAUACUUACUAAAAAAAGAAAAUAGAUUUCUUCUGCCAUAAUAAUGUAUUCAUAAUUGAAUGUUUUAAAACUAUCAAAUAUUUUUUCAGUGCAUAGGCUUCUAGUUUCAAGGAUUUUUUUCCUAAUCAGAUUCUUAGUUUACAGUGAAUAUAUUUUAAUAUGUUAUUGCCUUACAUAGAAUUUCUAGCAUGAUAGGAAUACUUGACAGAAAUGUUGUGUAUGCAUCUUAAGGCUUUCUAUCUUGACUUAGACAUAGGCUGGUUUGAAUGUGGAAGAGAAGUACAGAUGGAGACAAAUUGCCUGAAGCCCACAGCAAAGAUGCUUCCCCACCUCUGGAAUAAAGCAUGGAUUUUGCACUGUGUAGGGCAUGUGACUGUUGAAGGCUCAGCUCCAGUCUGCUCUCCUUCUCACCGAUCAAGUUGGCUAAUUGGUUCACACCAGCCAUUUUGUGUAUAUAUAUGAAAGAAGUGCAUCGGUUUACCUGGUACUAAUUACUCCGAAGUAUUCAGUCCAUACAAUUGUCAUAUACUUAAUGAUUUUGCACAAACUGAUCUGGAAGCUUAUCUCACUUUAAAAACAGCUAAGUAGUUCUAUUUUUGUGACCAACUUAUUUAUAUUACAUUGUAGAAGGCUCUGUCAAAAGUUAGCAGUCCAUUAACUUUCUGUAAGGGCCAAUUUAUCCAAAUAAUAGAACCAAGUAGUAAAGCUUUUCCUGUACUGUACCACUUUAGAAUAAAGAUGUGGAACUGAACGUUCAUGUAAGCAUUCCUUGAACAUAGAUAUCUAUAGUGUGUCACCAAGAAAGCUAGGCUGAAUUCUUCUCCCUGAUACGCUAGAUUUCUGUGCGUAAGUAGUUGGAGGAGCAUUCAGUGAUGCACCUACUGUCUUAAGUGGAUAUAAUUCGUGAACAGCUUUUUGUCAGUUGUGUUAAGAAUACAUAUUAUUAAUCCUAAAUCAAUACUGUAAAUGGAACAUCUUGUUUUCAGGAGUUCUUCAGUUGUGCCUUUGAGUCAUUUUUGGUUUGGGGGGGGGAUUUUUUUGCCUUUCAAUUUGGUUAUGUAUGUUAACUUACUACCUGCCAUAUGAAUAGAUGCCUGAAUAAAUAAGAACUACAGGCAAUAGAGCUGCUUAUCUACUUCCUGUCCCCACAAAAUCUCCCAAAUGCUUUUGGAAGACUGACCAAAAAUGUGAUAGAUGCAUAUUUUAAGAGGCUACAAAGAUUUCUCAAGGAUUAUUUUUCUUAAGAUGUUAUGACUAUUAUUGUCUUUAUUUAUACCCCACCAUUUUUCCAAAACUGGAACUCACGGCGGCUUCCAGAUAAAAAUACAUAUAAUAAUAAUAAAUUAAUAAUAAUAAAUUUAAUUUAUGUGUCGCCUAUCUGGCCGGUGGCCACUCUAGGCGACGUACAUAUGGCAAGUACAAUAAAAUACAAUACAACAAAAUACAAUAUAACAAUAAAAAUUAUGAUAAAAACAUUGCAGGGUAGGAGGCAUUUCAAUCAAAAAAGUCAGCCCUCCCCAAAAGUCCCCAAAGCCUGUUGAAAGAGCCAGGUCUUUAAGGCCUUGCGGAAUAUAUUCAGGGAAGAGGCAAGCCGGAGAUCUUGUGGGAGGGAGUUCCAGAGGGUUGGGGCCGCCACUGAGAAGGCUCUCUCUCUGGUUCCCGCCAACCUAGCUGAUUUAGUUGGCGGGACUGAGAGAAGGCCUUGUGUGGCCGAUCUUGUCAGGCGGCAUAAUUGGUGGCAUUGAAAACAUACGAAGUCUACAUUAAAAUAAGAUUAAACUAUUUCCAAUAUUAAAACCAUACACACAUAUAGCUAAAAGAGUUCAAACUAGUUUAAAAAUAAUAUAAUACUAGCAGAUUAUUUUCAAAUGUCUUACUAUUUAAUCAUGCGUUUGGAUUAUUUUGGGACAUUUGACUGAAACACAACCCAGUCUCUGUGUGAGCCCUCAUUUUCUAGUACAUUGAUAUUUUAAUAAGCUUUACAGAAGUAAAACAAGAUUGUUCUAUGUCUUUCAUAGCACAGCAGAGAGAUGUGGCCUCUUUCAUGGAAAUAAAAUUAUUUAGAUAUUUCAAGACAACAAUAAGUAAGAAGAAUUAGGUGGAGUUGCAUUACCUGGGAGAUCUUACUGCACCAUUACUUAAGAGUAGCAGCAGCAGAGAUUCUCCCCUUAUCUUCCAUGCCGUGCACUAUGCAGGGGAAUUCAAUACUAGUGCAGCCUUACUGGGCAUUGCUAUAGGUUCUCAACUUACCAUAAAGUUAUUGCACCUAAUGCUUUUAAUAGAGAUGAGAUGAAAUUCUGUGGCAUGGUUCAGCAUGUCUGCAGGUCAUAAGAUACAUCUUUAUCAAACAUCAGAAUACUUCUAAUUCUAAGUUUAGUAUAUGAUUUCUCUGUAAGUUUCUCUUUCAAGUUUACAAAUAGUAUCAUUGUGCCUAAUGAAGCUUCUUCCAAGAACAAAAUACACAAAGCAAAAUGCAAAAUACAGAAAAUAUGUUAAUGACAAUGAACAUUUUAUUGAAGAAGAAAAAUAAGCUGCAGUGUGCAUGGUAAUUUUUAAAAAUUACUUUAUUUAUAUAGGAAUCUGAAUGAUGAGAAAUGCAUCUAGAUGAGUUUGCUGUAUUAGAUGCUACUGUACAGCAAAAUGUAUAUACCUUUAAAAUAAAAACACACCUUCCUCUUAAGAUUCAUUUGAAUUAUCUCAUCUUCCAAGCUCUCUUAGAAUCUCUAUUGUUUCCCAUGUAAAAACUAAGUAUGAUCAUGCUGCAAAAAGGAUCCACAUAGGUAAGAAAUGAAGCUUGAGCACAUUGGUAGAUGAGGGUGGAGACUUCCGUACAUGCAUAAUUUUCAUUCUUGUUUUUUUUAAAAGGGGUUCUAUACAAACAGCUAAUUUCAUGCACAUUAUUCCCAAUAUACUAUUAUAUAUUCCCUAUAUACCUUUUUCUUGAAAGGGAAUGAUGCUUGGCUUUUGAUAACUUUGUAUCUCAGGUAAAGUGCCAUCCUAACCAAAUGUUACAUGGAAGAAAUGUUUCUCCCAUUUUUAUACCCCUUUAUUACAACUAGAAAAAUUAAAAACAGAUAUCUAAUAGAUAUUUUUAUGUUAAUAUUUUUCAGAAUAGAAAAGAAAUCAGGGCAUUUCAUUAAUUUAACCUGGUUUGUUUCAUAUUCAUAUGGAAGUCCUGAAGGCACUAUGUCAUAAACACAAUAUUAACUAAUACCUGUAACAAAAGAACUGUACAGUACUGAUAACCAAUUUAUAUCUAUGGUAUAUGCUUAAAAAUGUAAAUAGUAAGCAAUGUACUGAAGUAUGUAAAUAUAAUACAAGGAAGAAUGUAUCUUGCAAUCAUCUGUACAUCUUAAAUAUGUUACAGCAACUACUUCUACGAGUCUUUAAUUUCUAAUGGAGAGGCCCAUAGAUUUGUAUUUAACUUGAAAACUCUACAAUAAAAUAUAAGUACCAAA